CUCAAAGCAACCAUUGCCAGUAAAACAUUAAAGAACGGCUUACAGUUUGAAAAGAAUUCAUAUUAACUUUAAAUCCGUGAAACAAUAUUAUAAUCGAAUCGAUUUAUCGCAGAAUGGUAGAGCUAAAUAUAUCAAAGUUUAAUGAACAAAUUCCCAAUAACGAAGAUGAUGAAUCGUCCUGUGAAAAUGACUACUAUGGAUCAUCGCCUUUGAAGCAGAAAUCGUUAUUCACAAUCUCAGGAACAAACUUCAACGUCAAUGCAAGACCGUUUGUAUCUCGACAAAGAAAGAGCAUGCAAUUGAUUGAAAAUGUAUUCAAUAUUCCAAACAUUGAUUCCGUGUCUCGUGGUAUAAAUCUAUACUCAAAUCCGGAUAUACUAAAUCGCCGUUGCAGUUCGUCUCAUAUUCGUCAUUUUGAUCAAUCUGAAUCUUUUGAUAGUUUCGAUCGUCGGCCUAUAUCUUCUCGGUCUCUGUCACAUGGCCUUCAUAACUGCUUCGAUGAUUCACCACGAUCAUGUGGACCAGUUGCGUUACCAAAUGGGACAAUUCAAGUGCGCCUUAGACAUGGUAUCAGGGUUUAUUUAACAUUGGAUAAAUCGGUUCGAGUCACUAACAGUCGCCAUCAUAUAACUAUAUCGUUGUCAAGUAAUGGUUGCUCUGCUGCAAUGAUUCAUCCUAAUGGCAAAGUAUAUCAAUAUGGAUCUUUAGUUGAAAUAGUCGCUUAUGAUGGCAAUGAGACCAAUGAUUAUGUGCGAUACGCGAAAAUGUGGCACAAGGGAAUAAGUUUCACUCGAAAUAAUUGUGCUUUGGUUUACUUAAUCGAUCCUGCCGGCACCCGCACAACAAGUGAUUCGUUCUCUAACAUGCGAUCCGAUCACACUGUUCCAGUAUUUCUCAAUGAGUCAAGACACGGUCCCAUGUAUGCUAAGGACAUUAUAUCUCUCCUACAAAAAUCAACGUACUGGUGUUCAACGGAUGGAGCCGAGGAGUUCCACAUCAACGAUUUUCGAAUUAUUCAAACGUCGGAUGGUCUUGUUAAGGUGAUGCGCCCGAGUCAUCAGUGGUUAAUAAAGACAAGUUCCAGAAACAGUUCGGCCACACUCACUACUCCACAAAUUCAUUGUACUGCAUCGUUAAAUCAAAAUUCACAUCUAUUUGUACGGCGUCUGGAGAAACGAAUGCACUUUGAUGGCAGUACCUUUGUGGUACGAAAUGAAAGCCAAUCGGCAGGUUUUGAUGAAAGCGAUCUGCUAAAAGUUUACUGAGUUAAACAGGCGUUCACACUCUGGAGAAUGUUUGGUCUUCCGUUAACGUUUGCUUCAAUUUAACUAGAAAUAUUUUUUAAUUUAAAUUUGGCUUUAACUAUGGGUAGGUAUUAUCGAUGCUGUUUGUAUUAUCCGUAGCACCGAUGCUAAAUUUUUGGAUGUUUCCAUCUGUGUCAAUAUGUGCUUAU